AUCGGUUCAUGCUAGUUCGUGAAAACGGUAUUGGACAUUGGAUUGGAGGCGCUCUACUCCAAGCGACUCGAUUAUUCAUCAUUUUUCCGCUGGCACGAUGGGGACAGAUUCAUCGAUGAAAGCUGUUGAGGGAGAGGCUGCUCCAAAAAAGGACGAAACUCCUAAGGAUGAUUUGUCGGAGGAAGACAAACAGCUUCAAGAUGAGCUGAAUAUGCUUGUUGACAGACUUGAAGAGCCAAACCAAGAACUGCAUAAACCAGCCCUAGAGUCCAUGUGUACAUUGAUAAAGUCCUCUACAACGUCCAUGACAUCUGUUCCAAAGCCUCUGAAAUUCUUGAUGCAUCAUUAUGCCAAAAUUAAGUCAUUCUACAACACUAUAUGUAAUCCAGAUACUAAAAAACUCUGCGCCGACGUCGUAUCUGUCUUAGGCAUGACUGUAACUGACCAACCAGAAACGCGUUAUGACACAUUAACUUACAGACUCCUUGGUUGCCAGGGUGAUAUUGGAGCUUGGGGUCACGAAUAUGUUCGUCACCUGACAAACCAAAUAGUUGGUACUUGGCAAGAAAAAGAUUAUGAUUCACUAGUAGAAAAUCCAGAUGCUACAAAAGAAGUAAAAAAACAUCGAGAAGACUGCCUCGCUCUCGUUCACCAAAUAAUUCCCUACUUGAUGGAGCACAAUGCUGAGGCUGAGGCAAUUGACUUAUGUAUCGAGAUAGAGCAGCAUCAAUUGCUGGAAAUAUACACAUCAAGUUUGAACUACACUCGAGUGUGUCUGUAUCUGACAAGUUGUGUUGCUUAUCUGCCUACACCAGAUAACAAUAAGGUGCUUCAGUACGCAACUAUUUUGUAUCGUAAAUUUGAGGAUUUGGGCAAUGCUAUGCGCUGUGCUUUACGUUUAAAUGAUAUGAAUUUGAUCCGCGAAAUAUUUUUAGAGUCUGGGAAAGUUAAAAAAGGUUCUCGGAAUUAUGGCCCAGCUAUCCAGCGCCAACUUGCCUAUCUCCUUGGUCGACAGAACAUUGUACUUCCAGAUGAGGAGUGUCUAGUAGAUGAGGACUUAACAGAAAUGCUUUGGAAUACUAGGUUAUCAGAACACUUUUUGUCUCUUGGCCAUGAAUUAGAUAUUAUGGAUCCAAAGUCGCCAGAGGAUAUCUAUAAAUCUCAUUUGGAGGCAGUUAGACCAACAUUAAAUGCAGCUACUUUAGAUUCAGCACGAGCUAAUUUAGCCGCAUCCUAUGUGAAUGGACUUGUUAACUGUGGUUUCGGUAAGGAGAAGCUCCUACAAGAAACACCUAAAGAAGUCCCAUGGUUAUGCAAGCAGAAAGAAUUUGGUAAAAUGAGUACUGUGGCUACGCUCGGUUGGGUACUUUUAUGGGAUGUUGACACUGGGUUGUCUCAACUUGAUAAAUAUCUUUAUUCUGUGGAGGAUCAUACUCGUGCUGGUGGUCUUUUGGGUUGUGGAGUUGUCAAUUGUGGUGUUAAAAAUGAAUGUGAUCCUGCACUAGCUCUCCUUGGAUCUUAUGUGGAUUCUGAUAAGGAUGUCCUUUCUCGUGCGGCAAUUAUUGGUCUUGGUGUAGCUUACGCCGGUUCAAUGAAAGCAGAAGCUAUCAGCACUCUCACACCUGUUAUCCUGGAUAUUAAUACAGCAAAGUUUCAACAUGCUUGUUUAGCAGCACUUUCUGCAGGGCUUAUUGCAGUCGGUUCACUUGAUGGAACUGUCACUUCCACUAUCAUUCAAAGUUUAUUGGAAAGACCUGCAAGUCAUUGGAGCAAUGUUUUCAGCAAAUUUAUGGCACUUGGUUUAGGUCUAACGUGUUUAGGCCGACAGGAAGAAGUUGAAGUUAUUCUUGCUUCCUUAGAAGCUGUAUCUGAACCUAUGAAAUCAAUGGCUCACAUGAUCUGUGACUUUUGUGCUUAUGCUGGCAGCGGGAAUGUACUAAAAAUUCAAAAUUUACUGCAUAUCCUCUCUGAAAAGUAUGAAGAAAAAGAAAAUACUGAGAAGACCACUUCUAAUACAAAAACAAAAGAGAAAAAAGAUAAGUCAAACGAACUUCGUCGUGGAGGAGGUCGUGGAAGAAAUCGUCGGGGUGGAUCAAGUAGAUCAGCUGCUACAUCCACUGCCGCUAGUGAUCCUGGUAACGGACAUAACAUAGAUGCUCCCACGGCUAUGGACACAACUGGUCAAGGAAACGAAGACACCAUCACCUCAGAUGAGACAGGUGUUUCUCAACCUAUACCUAUGGAUACGUCCAAUGCAGAAGAGUCUACACCACAGGAAGACAGUACAUUUGAUUUUCAUGCUCAUCAAGGUCUGGCUGUUUUGGGAGUUGCUAUAAUUGCUAUGGGUGAAGAAAUUGGUUUAGAUAUGGCCUUCCGAAUGUUCGGUCAUCUUCUAAGAUUCGGGGAACCUCCGAUUAAGAGGGCUGUCCCACUAGCUCUCGCUUUGUGCUACGUAUCAAAUCCUCAGCUAAAAGUAUUGGAUACUUUAAGCAAAUUUAGUCAUGAUUCAGAUGCAGAAUUGUCACACAAUUCUAUUAUCGCAAUGGGUAUUGUGGGUGCAGGAACAAAUAAUGCACGGUUAGCUGCUAUGUUACGUCAACUUGCUGUUUAUCAUAGUCGCGAUCCAUACAACUUAUUCUUAGUUCGGCUCGCUCAAGGCUUAACACAUCUUGGAAAAGGAACGCUCACGCUAAGUCCUUGGCAUUCUGAUCGGUUCCUGUGCCGUCCUGUUGGACUAGCUGGACUUCUCAUACUAUUAACAUCUUGUCUGGAUAUGAGGAUGACAUUUAUGAGUAGACACGAUUAUUUGAUUUUUUAUGUUACACCUGCAAUUCAACCUCGUCUACUGAUGACUUUUGAUGAAGAUUUAAAGCCUUCACUUGUGACUGUUCGUGUAGGUCAGGCUGUCGAUGUUGUUGGGCAGGCAGGCAGGCCAAAAACCAUCACAGGAUUUCAAACACAUACCACUCCAGUUUUAUUAUCUCAUGGUGAACGCGCUGAACUUGCAACGGAUGAAUAUUUACCCAUAACACAGCUUCCUUUAGAAGGUUUCAUACUUCUUCGAAAGAAUCCUGAACAUGAGGAAACAAAUAAGUGAUUGUUCCUUUGUUUCUCUAACUGUCAUCAUGAUGUAAUGAUACAGCAUUCUGUUUUUAUCUCACAUUUUUUCAAAAUAAAAUGCAGGUUUAUUUUGUUCGUUUCAUUCUACAGAAAAUGAUACACUAAUAUAUUCUGUUAUAUGUGGUAGUAAUACAAUGCGGAAGGUAUUAGUAGUUUGCCAGGCUUUCAGUUCUCACUUGAGCACUGCUCUAGCAUCUAUUUCGAGGAUCCGAAUUCCGUUAUACGUUUUUUGACCAUUUCUUUACUGCACUGUAUUCAUAUUUACUUUUUAAUGUUACUGAGUGCAAUUUCUACGUAUUUUUGUACUGUUUUUGUUUAGAUUUCUGAAGUCUUAAAUCAUUUCAUUGACGGUGGUUUGUCUGUCAAGUGUUGAUCAGAUCUUCUGGUUGGGUUUUCUUCCCAAGCAAAUGAGUAUACUUUUAUAUAAAUGCAUAGAGUAUUCUUUGUAAUAAUUUUGUCACGAGAUUUCUCUAUAAUGAAAUGAUUAAG